AUGACAGACGGGCCGGAUCCCAACAGGAGCAGUCAACCGACAUCACCAACGAAAUCAUUAAAAUCUGAAAGAAAUGGAGAGUCCAACUUCGAAGAAGACGAUCAGGAUAUUGGUUCGCUCAACGACGGACAGCUCACCAACUACUCGUCACAGUAUUCAAUCAACAUGGGUGUUCAGCAAGUGGAACCACUAUUAGUGCCUCAGGCCCCCGAUGGAGGUUAUGGAUGGGUUAUUGUAUUUGCUGCUUUUAUGUCAAAUCUCGUGGUUGACGGUAUUUCUACUGCAUUCUCAGAAUUCAAACAAUCUUACAAAGAGCGCUAUCAGGAAUCGGACGGACUGACCGUUUUCAUCGGGUCACUUAUUAUUGGAACUUACUUACUUGUUGGGCCACUAGUCAGUGCACUUUGCAACAAAUAUGAACAGCGUUAUGUAGUUAUGGCGGGAGGAUUGAUCUCUGGAAUAGCAUUUAUGAUUGCACCAGCAUCUCCAAAUAUUUAUGUAUUUAUGUUGAUUUACGGAGUGAUGGGAGGUCUUGGAUUUGGUAUGAUCUACCUCCCGGCUAUAGUCGUCGUUGGAUUUUACUUCGAUUCGAAAAGAGCUAUGGCCACUGGAAUUUCAGUUGCAGGAUCAGGAGUAGGAACAUUCUUGGUGCCACUGAUUUGCCAAGUUUGUAUAGCUAAUCUGGGAUGGCAAAAAACCAUCUGGGUUCUCGCUGUAAUGAUUUUCUCUUGUGUUUUCUAUGGAUACCUAUACCGUCCACUUCCAAUGGUUGAUCUCAAUGAAAUUCGUGAUCAGGAAAUGGAGCCACUGCGUCAGGCUCUUUCAAAAGUUGAAGAUGAUGAAGAUGAAGCUGUUGAGAGCCCACACCCAAAUCGUUCAACUUCUGCUGCCAGUGGUGCUAUUGAAGAUGAAGCCGUGUCUCAAAAUCCAGAGGUCCAACGACUCCGUAGCAUUCUUACUGAAGGAGACGAGGGAUCCGAAACUCCAAAAUCAGAUGCUCACAAAGUUCGCAGCCACACAGCCACACGCUCACGCAAACACACAAUGACAAGCAAUUCCGGAUCUCAACAUGAUCUCAAACUGUCCCGUGGUAACCUGUCGUCUGACAAUCGUUUGAGUCGAGUAUCGGCAAGAGAUUUCAACCAAUCUUUGAGCAAGCUGAGCAAGUCCGGAGGAGCAUCCAAUCUCAGCAUUGCAAUGAGUGGUGUUGAUCCGAAAGAAUUCCAACGUCCAAUGAACCGUCAAGAUAUUUUCUAUGGUGGAUCUAUUCAAAAUUUGAAGGAAUUCAAAGAGGAAGGAACCAUGGCUGGAUAUCGUGCAUCCACACUUUCAAUUCCAAGAUCUGUUGUCGGACAAGCGGUGUCUCAAUUGAACCUGAGUCGUACUGGAAGCCGUCUAGGAGGACCGGGAAUUGCAGAGGACGAAGAAGAAAUGAUUGAACCUUUUGUGGAUGACGGAUGCUGCAAAGUAUUGCCAUUGCCAAUGCGCAAUGCACUUUCGGAAAUGAUUGAUCUCAAUCUUUUAAAGAACAAAACUAUGAUGAUUCUGUGCAUUUCAAAUCUUCUAGGAAUGAUGGGAUUUUAUAUCCCAAUUAUGUUCCUGAAGGAUCUUUCUGAAUCUAUGAAAUUGGAUAUGUCUUUGGCCAUGUUCCUUGUCCCAAUUUUUGGUGUCUUCAAUACAAUUGGCAGGGUCUUUUUUGGAUGGCUCACUGAUCAAAAAAUUCUUUCCGCCUUGACUAUUAAUAAUCUUUCGCUUAUUGUCUCGGGACUUUUGACUCUUGCCUGUCCACUUCUAACCAGUAUUGCUGGGCAAUAUUUUUACGCAAUUGUCUUCGGAUUCAUCAUUUCCGCCUAUAUUUGCCUGACAUCAAUUGUGCUCGCUGAUUUAAUGGGCCUUGAAAAUCUUACCAACUCCUUUGGUCUUCUAGUAGUGGCGAGAGGUAUUGCAUCUCUCGUUGGACCACCGUUUGCUGGAAUAGUCUAUGAUAUAACUGGAAGCUACGAUACAGCAUUCUACUUUGGUGGAUUAGUUUUGUUGGUGGCUGGACUUAUCUCUGCUACAAUUCCAUUUGUUACCAAAAAAGACGCAGAUACUGCCGGUGUGUAUAAAAUAGCAAAAACAAGAUAUAUAUAAUUUUUGAAGCCUAAUUAUCCUAAUGAAUUGACUUUUCAAUUCAAAACUUACAGAUGGAAUGCCCCAGUUGCAAGAUCAAGAUAAUGUAUCUGGCAAGUUGUCUGUUCUGACUGAAAGGUCGGAAGAGGCACUUACUGAUUAUCAGCGGACUAUUCAGUCCAUGAAACAACAACAUCAAUUGUUGCAAGGUGACAAAGUCAUCGUGAAGUGAUGUGCCAUUUUUGUUGUGAUUGUUAAUUUGCAUGAGUGCCUCUAUAUUCUACUUCUGAAAAAAAUUAAAAAUGAAACCAAAUGAAAUCCUUCUGUAAAUAUAACAAAAUGUUAAAGGCCACUAUCACUUAUGGGGUUUUUGUUUCAAUUAGUUCAACUCAAAGUUAUAAUGAUAUGGAUAUAUAAAAACAUUCCAAUAGUGCUCCAAUGUUCAAAAAUCGUGAGAAAAAUUUUACAAAGUUAUAUUGAAAAUUUUUAUUUCAAGUCAAAAUGAUCUGAAACUUUCAAUUUUCGUUUUUUUUUUUGAAGGCGUCUAUUAAAAAACACUUUUCUUGCUUCCAAUUGUAAGUUAUAAUUACGCUCAAAAUAUUUACAUUCCAUAAUUUUAGGAGUUUGAACAUGCGACAGAAAAUAGUUUUUUACGUUUGUCGGUGAACUUUUCUUGUUUUCUUGAAAAUUUAAUGAACUUUCUCUAUGAACUCAUAUUUAAUCAAUAACCCCAAAAGUGACAGAUUACCUUUAGAAAAAAAGCUCCUAUAACUUUAAGUUGAAGUUUGACGCUUAUUUUUUCAAAAUUUAAUAUGCAAAAUUUUCAGAUCUGGAGGAAGAGAAACGCAAACAAAAGCAAAACGGAGUUGUCGAGGAAGGAAAUGAAAUGGAUGACAAUAUCCCACUAAAAUCACUCAAGAAUAACUAGAAAACCAAUCUAGCCAACGCUGCUAACCGAUUCUCACCCAAUUCAUCAAAAUCUACACGGAGCAUGCCAUUUAUUUAAACAAUAUUGAUCUUGUUUCCACUGACCCAUUGUUUUAUGAGACCCCUCCCCAUGUUCCGUUUUUUCGAACUUUGCAGUUGUCUCAGGUUUUAGCAUUAUAGCACGAUUUUUCAUAUAUUAUGAUAUACAAAAACUGCUUGCAUUUUCCAAUUUUCGGUUAGUUGUGUGUAGUAAUUUCUUUUUUUUAAAUCUUAACUAUUCAUAUCUUUCGCUUUUUUUCCUCUGUGUUUGACUAUGACUUCUGUCAUUUCCUCGAUGUUCUUUAUUUGGGUACGUUUCCCUUUUUCCUGUCUCAAUCAUCUCUGUUGUUGUUUGCAAAUAUCCAAUCUUUAAAAAAUCCACAUUUAGGUAAAAUUGUAAUUCUUUGUGUCUCCAUUCCCAUGUCGAAUGACCUCCUCGGAUAUUGCAUUUGGUUGUUUUUUGUUCCCUUCCUGGCUUGUUUCAUUCAUUCAUACUGCUACAUUUCAACUGUAUUCCAAAGCUAUAUAUUUCCUUAAUAAAAAUUGCUUUCCGUGAUAGGAAA